GCAAGCAAAUCAUUGACAAAGGAGGCGUGCAAAGCGUGAUUGAAAAUUUGGCGAAAUCGGAUCACGCAUUAUUUGCUGCGGAAGCUUUGCUGACUCUCAUGGGAUACAGCGACACUGCGGAACUACUAGUGCAGAAUACGCACACAGGCCAACAUUUGCUGCAGAUGAUCGAGAAACGCGUUUUUGACAGAAAAUUUCCCAGGGAGGGUAAAGAUAUUCUUUCAGACAUAUUGAAAAAUAGUUUGCAAAUUUCUCAUUGCGGCAGGCUCUCACAUUCUUAUGAGCUGUGCAGGUGCCUUGCGAGGCAUAAUGUUACCGUCAAACAGAUACACGGAUCAACAGUACCACAAAUCGUGCAAGGCGGGAAACCUCUUUGACAUUUUGUGCAAUAUGCUCGCAAUCACUCAGUCCUACGCUGUCCAGUGCAGUGCUAUUAAAUACCUGAACAUCAUUGCUGACAACGACGACGCACUGCCGAGUAUGCGUGGCACCAAAAUAGUAGAAGCUCUCGUGUGUUGUAUCAAGGUUGUGGAUACCCGGGUUAUCGAGGAUGUCUUGAAGAAGAUUUGGCGUGACGUGGUGUUAUUUCGUGAAAUCAGCGAGACAGAUAAUGUACUGAAUCUACUGAUUGACAUGUUCAGCAGUCAUGAUCCUGCCGAAGUUCCGCGCGUGACUACCAUAUUGGAAUCUUUAUCGUCAGACGGAACGAUACGCCGGAAAUUGCAGAGUAUGCCUGCGUACCAAAACCUGAAGACGGAAGCUCUUCACUACUUAGGCCCAUACCACGAUCAUGGUCAGUUAUCCUGCAAUAUCUGUUCUCCUCGUGUUGCAGCUUGCUUCUAGAUCUGUACACCUGUGCAUUAGAGGCCAUCAAAUCGACGAUCAGGAUAUUCGAGGCAUAUGGGGACGACACAACGUAGCAAAACGACCCUCUCCGCUCCGCUACCAGUACUGGGAUUCCAAUGACCAC